CUCACCAUAUAUUUUCUGACUCGGCGCUUCCUUCACUUCUCAAAGCUCUGUUUUGCUGAUCUAUCUAUCCUGUGUGUCGCGGAGCAGAAACGGCAAGAUGAGUCGGGGGCCGGCAGCUGGAGCUAAGGGGAAGAAGAAGGGAGCGGCCUUUGUGAUUGAUUGCGGGAAACCAGUGGAGGAUAAGAUUAUGGACAUCGCCUCACUGGAAAAGUUCCUCCAGGAGAGGAUUAAGGUUGGUGGCAAGGCCGGUGCCCUCGGUGACACCGUCACCGUCACUCGUGACAAGACCAAGAUCACCGUUACCUCUGACAGCAAUUUCUCUAAAAGGUAUCUUAAGUACUUGACCAAGAAGUACUUGAAGAAACACAAUGUGCGAGAUUGGCUUCGGGUGAUUGCUUCCAACAAAGACAGGAAUGUGUAUGAACUGCGAUACUUCAACAUUGCUGAGAAUGAGGGAGAGGAGGAAGAUUAAUCAUCCAAUUCAGUAUUUUAUAUGUUUAAAUUUUCUUGUUUAGAGCCUUAUUAUCUAUUUGAGCUGUUGGAUGUGUAAGACUCGUUGGGGUUGUUUUGUGAUCCUUUCUGAAUUUGUGGAAAUUUUGACUGCUUAUAAUUAGAUAUCUUCUUUCGAUGUAUUAGAUGCUAUUAAUACAAGGCAGAUUUCAUGCUUCAGUUUGGUUUUAAA